AUGGAGUGUGUAUUUGGUUUAGUUGGGAAUGGAUUCGCCAUCGUUGCUGCGGAUACAUCGGCGGUUCACAGCAUCCUUCUCCACAAAAACAACGAGGACAAGAUCAUGGUACUCGACUCUCACAAGCUCGUCGCUGCUAGCGGCGAGCCAGGUGACCGGGUUCAGUUUACGGAGUACGUUCAGAAGAAUGUGUCGCUGUACAAGUUCCGAAAUGGAAUCCCUUUGACUACCGCCGCCGCUGCCAACUUCACUCGCGGCGAGCUCGCUACAGCUCUGAGGAAGAAUCCGUAUUCCGUGAACAUCCUGAUGGCUGGCUACGACAAUGAGAGCGGCGCGUCCCUCUACUACAUCGACUACAUUGCAACCCUUCACAAAGUCGACAAGGGUGCUUUCGGCUACGGCUCCUACUUCUCCCUCUCGACGAUGGACAGGCACUACCGCAGCGACAUGACCGUAGAAGAAGCCAUCGAACUGGUUGACCAAUGCAUACUCGAGAUCCGGUCAAGACUCGUGGUCGCGCCACCGAACUUUGUGAUCAAGAUUGUUGACAAAGAUGGAGCUCGUGAUUACGCUUGGCGUCAGACCGUACAAGACGUCACAACUGCUGCUGUUUGA